UCAAACAUCAGGUGAGAUAUUCGUGGUCCGCGUACAGCCGCUCGAUUCCUUCCAUUCGCUCCUCACCACACUCCCCCAUUCCCCGUCUCUGUCUUUUAUCAGUAGUGCAGCCACCAGCAUCAAGCCGGUAGGGCGUGACACGGAAGGAAAGCAUGGGAUCUGCGAGCUCGAAGCGGGCGGUAGCGGCGGCCCCGACAGACGUGUACCGCCCUCCACCCACCAGCAUCGCCCUCUUCGACGUCGGCACCAUCGAAGAGCCCUGGCUCAUCACCGCUACCGCAGAAGACGACCCCAAGCAGCGGCAGCAAGAGAAGAAGGCCAUCACUUCCGUGCCUCUUCCUCUCCUCGAGAAGCUCGAGACCUACGAGCUUGCCCCACACUCCUGGUCCGAGGUCAGCAAAGCCUUAGAAGACCUCAAGCCCUCUCUCCACCAACCACCACCUCCUCCUCCUCCUGAAGCCAAUCCCUCUCGACUUCCCCCUCCCUCCUCGGACCCCAAGAAAACUCCCCAGAAGGCCGGCUCCUUCCACACCCUGGAAGAGCUCGACGCCCAGCUCUCGUCACCCAACGAGAAUAAGAAGCCACCCUCCUCCCCUCCUCGAGCCCGGUCGCCACCACGCCCGCCCCCGCCCGAGCUUGCGGGGUUCAAGCCAGUGAAGGAGAACAGCUUCAUAAUUCGCGACCGGCAGGAGAGGGAGAGCAAGAAGGCCGGCGGCGAUCCCGUCCGGUGGCGGCGACGGGACCCUCUGGAGGGCUACCCUGAGCGCUGCCCGCCGGGAAAUGGUGAUGGCGUGGUUCUGUACACGACGACGCUGCGGGGAGUGCGGCGGACGUUCGAGGACUGCGAGCGGGCGCGGCGGGCGGUGGAGGCGCACGCGGUGGAGGCCGGCGUGGAGGUGGAGGAGCGGGACGUGUCGCUCCACGGGGAGUACUUGAAGGAGGUGAGGGAGCUGGUCGGGGAGGGGGCGGCGGUGCCGAGGCUGUUUAUACGUGGGAGGUACGCGGGAGGGGUGGAGGAGGUGGUGGAGCUCGGGGAGACCGGGAAGCUGAGGGAGAUGCUGCGUUGGGUGGCGGCGAGAGGGGGGAAGGGGAAAGGAGGGUGGAGGGAAUGCGAGGGGUGCGGCGGGGCGAGGUUCGUGCCGUGCUUGGAGUGCAACGGGAGCUGCAAGGUGGUGGGGGAGGAUGGGAAGGUUGCGGUGAGGUGUGGCGAGUGUAACGAGAAUGGACUGGUCUUGUGCCCCAUUUGUCACUAGAGCCUGUUGAGAUGCAAGCAAUUGGUGGGAUUUGGGGGAAGGAUGGCUUAAUUAGCCACUAAAAAGCAGAUCAUAAGAGGUCGUAAGAAAUGUAUAAAAUGUACAAGAAAAACGUUAUGUAUGGAAACAUGUAAUUAUGUGCAACUAUUAGUGUGCUAUCUAGCUUCUUUAUGAAUUAAAAGUGAUAUUUGUGCAGGGAGCUCUGCAAAGAUAAUCUAUAUAUAUAUAUAAAGGUGGAACAUAGAAAAAGUGUGGUUUCUUUGUGAGAGACUCUCUGAAUGUAAGGAUUCUAUUUUUUUUUA